AUGUUUGGUGGCGAUAGUAGUGGCGUGCAAGAUCGGCUCAGGAAUGUGCAGCAUAUCCAAGCUUCCUACGCCGCUUUUGCUGCUCUUUUGGCCGAUGGAUCUGUGGUGACUUGGGGAAAUGCUGGCUACGGUGGCAACUGCAGCUCCGUGCAAGAUCGGCUUAGAGAUGUGCGGCGCAUCCAAGCUUCCAGCCGAGCUUUUGCGGCGAUCUUGGGCGACGGAUCCGUGGUGACGUGGGGCCACGCCGGCUGUGGCGGCGACAGCAGCGCCGUGCAAGACCAGCUGAAGGACGUGCGACACAUCCAAGCUUCCCGCGGGGCUUUCGCUGCCAUCCUGGGCGACGGAUCUGUGGUGACCUGGGGCGAGGUGGAUGCUGGUGGCAGCAGCAAGGCUGUGCAAGAUCAGCUCACGAGCGUCAAAGAGAUCCAAGCCUCGCAAGAUGCGUUUGCUGCACUACGGGACGAUGGGGCCGUGGUGGCCUGGGGCCAUGACCUUUGUGGAGGGGACAGCCAUUCCGUGCAACCUCGGCUGAAGAAAGUGCAGCAAGUUUCAGCUUCCAGCGCCGCUUUUGCUGCACUCCUUGCGGACGGGUCCGUGGUGGCGUGGGGCAAUGCAGCGUAUUUUGGAGACAGCAAUGCUAUGCAAGAUCGGCUGAAGGAUGUGCAGCAGAUCCGAGCCGCCGAAAACGCAUUCGCUGCAGUUCGGGGUGAUGGAGCUGUAGUGUGUUGGGGAGAUACUGAAUCUGAUGGUAACAGAAUUGCCCUGGAGGAUGAGCUGAAGAACGUGACGCAAAUCCAAGCUUCCGAGAGGGCCUUCGCCGCGCUGCGAGGAGAUGCAUCCGUGGUGACCUGGGGCGAUUCCGGCUACGGUGGCGACUGCAGCUCCGUGCAAGAUCGGCUGAGAGAUGUGCAGUGCAUCCAAGCUUCAGGCCGAGCUUUUGCUGCAAUCUUGGGCGACGGAUCCGUGGUGACAUGGGGCCACGCCGGCUGUGGCGGCGACAGCAGCGCCGUGCAAGACCAGCUGAAGGACGUGCGACACAUCCAAGCUUCCCGCGGGGCUUUCGCUGCCAUCCUGGGCGACGGAUCAGUGGUGACGUGGGGGAACUCUGACUAUGGCGGCAGCAGUGCCAGUGCCUUUAAAGGAGGGAACUGA